AUGGAUUCAUUCGGCGAUUCUGGUGAAUUAUAUACCAUAAGAAAUCAAUUUUUUACAAACCAACAUCAAAAAGUUAUAUCAUAUACUUUGGAUCAGUUUUCUCCUGAAGGACAAUUGAGAGUAUUAGAGUACCAAGUCAGAUCUACAAUUGCGUUACAGAAAGAUGCAUCUAGUCUAAUUGAUAGUGGAAAGAGCUCAUUUCCAGACAACGAACAGCUCUUUUUAUUAUUAAAUGCCUGGAAUGAUUUGAAAUCGUUCGGAACCGAUGAUUCGACAUAUUUUGAAGAUAUCACUCAAGCCGAGUUUGAAUUACAAGCAGUCUUGACAGCUAUAUACUUGGUAAACUUUAAGAAAGAUAUUGAUCAAGCGAUCAGUUUAUUGACCAAUUAUAUUGAUUCUGGCAAUUUGAACCCUAAUGAAUUAGAGUCAUUUUUAAUUUUGGUACAAUUGUACUUAAUUAAGGGCAAUUUCAAUGCUGCCAACAAAAUCUUGCUCAAUUUUAAAAACUUCCCAGACUCUGCAAGAGAUAGUAUAAUUUACCAAGUUUUAGAAUCAUGGUUGUUGUCUGUUAAAGGUGAAUCCGAUAAUAUAAAUAAUGCGUACUAUUUUUAUGAUGAAUUAUUAUCGGUUGACUUCGAUGAGGAUUCUCAAGGCAGAUUUAAGAUCUUGAAUGUUUUGUUUGUCUUGACUUUACAGUUGAAGCAUUACCCUGAAGCACAAGAAUUAUUAGUUCAAAUGAAAACAUUAGAAGGUAAGAUUGAUGGCGAUUUUCUUGCUAACCAAAUUACCAUGGAUUAUUUACUUAAUAACGGUGAAAACGUUGAAGAAUUAUUAAAAGAAUUAUCGAAAACUCAAGAAGAACAUCAACUUUUGGAAGAAGCGAAAGAAAAGAACUCUAAGUUCGACGAAAUCGUUCAAAAGUAUAAAACUGCUGUUUAA